UCCGUGUAGCGUGGUUUCCAUGUGCGUUUGUGUCUUGCAUAUAGUGAACUAGAAUAUAUUCUAGUUCAUUAUAGUCUUACACGUCCUGCCGUCUUUCGCAGGCUAUAUUUCUUGUUAGUGCUGUUUAUUUAGCUGCAAUAUGCUGCGGCGGCUCGCUCGCGAAAGGCGAGAAUACUUGUACAGAAAAUCAAUCGAGGACAAAAGGAGAACCAUCGAAGAGAAAAAAGAGCGCUUAAAGCAAGCUCUAGAAGAAAACCGCCCGAUUCCCUAUGAAUUACGCGAGGAAGCUCUGAACUUGCAGCGUUCCUUGGACUGGGAUGAUCCCGGAGGUGAAGGUGUGGUGAGUCAUGAAGAUGACGAGUACCGAUGGGCAGGGGUACGUGACCCCAAGAUCGUCGUUACAACUUCCAGGGAUCCAAGUUCCAAGCUAAAGCAGUUUGCCAAGGAAAUCCGACUGAUCUUCCCUAAUUCUCAGAGGAUGAAUCGUGGUGGCUAUGAAAUGAAGCAACUCAUUGAAGCCUGCCGUGCAAAUGAGGUCACAGACUUCAUUGUUGUUCAUGAGACCAGAGGCAAUCCUGAUGGCCUGGUGGUCUGCCAUCUUCCAUAUGGGCCCACAGCCUAUUUCACUAUACUCAACACAGUCAUGCGGCAUGACAUCCCGAACAUUGGCACAAUGUCUGAAGCCUAUCCUCAUCUGAUCUUCCACAACUUCAAGACCAGGCUUGGAAAAAGGGUGGUCAGCAUACUCAAGUACCUCUUCCCUGUCCCAAAGGAGGACUCGCACCGUGUCAUCACCUUUGCCAACCAGGAUGACUACAUAUCUUUCAGGCAUCACACUUUCAAGAAAGAAGGAAAAGACUACCAGCUUCAGGAAGUGGGACCACGGUUUGAGCUGAAAUUGUAUGAAAUCAAGUUGGGUACACUUGACGCCGCUGCUGCACUGGAUGUCGAAUGGAGCUUGCGGCCAUACAUGAACACUGCCAAGAAACGAAGAUUUCUCAGCGAUGAGGAUGCCUUUGAUAAUGAGGGGACUUCAAAAUAAAUGCUUGAAUAAAUAUGAGAGAGACUGCCUAAAGAAA